AUGCAGAUCUUCGUCAAGACCCUGACUGGCAAGACCAUCACCCUCGAGGUUGAGUCCUCUGACACUAUCGACAACGUCAAGAGCAAGAUCCAAGACAAGGAGGGCAUUCCUCCGGAUCAGCAGCGCCUCAUCUUCGCCGGCAAGCAACUUGAGGACGGUCGCACCUUGAGCGACUACAACAUCCAGAAGGAGUCGACCCUCCACCUCGUCCUCCGUCUGCGUGGUGGUAUGCAAAUCUUUGUCAAGACUCUCACUGGCAAGACCAUCACUCUUGAGGUCGAGUCGUCCGACACCAUCGACAAUGUCAAGUCGAAGAUUCAGGACAAGGAAGGCAUUCCCCCAGACCAACAGCGCCUCAUCUUCGCCGGCAAGCAACUUGAGGACGGUCGCACCUUGAGCGACUACAACAUCCAGAAGGAGUCGACCCUCCACCUCGUCCUCCGUCUGCGUGGUGGUAUGCAAAUCUUCGUCAAGACUUUGACCGGCAAGACCAUCACCCUCGAAGUUGAAUCAUCCGACACAAUCGACAACCGCCUCAUCUUCGCCGGAAAGCAGUUGGAGGACGGCCGUACGCUUUCUGACUACAACAUCCAGAAGGAGUCGACCUUGCACUUGGUGCUCAGACUUCGUGGCGCAUCCGCUCACGGCGAUGCGCUUCUGCUACCCGAGAGGAACGUCGCAUUGAAAGAGCCUGCUUCACCUACUGUUCCGCCGAAGAAAGCGUCGAGCGAGGCCGCUACCAGAGACUGGCGGUACGGCCCUGUCACCAUCGAGAGCAUCGACAUGGAACCAACCUCUACCAAGCUCCCUUCGACCGGUCUACAUACCAAGGCGGCAUAUGUGCCUUCGACUCCCAAAGCGACCGAUGUAGGCUGGGGUGUCGUACAUCUGUACAGAGAUUCGCAAGAGACGGCAGCAUUGGACCACAAACACGUCAAAGAUGAUGUCGACUUCGACCCACAACAAUGCACCACUUUGUGCAUCCUGGCCGUACCGUCUUGGAUGAUGCCCUCGGACCUCCUAGGCUUUGUUGGAGACCAGGCAAGAGAAGAUGUUAGCCACUUCAGACUCAUUAGGACUGGUCGCGCCAACAAAUACAUGGUCCUCAUGAAGUUCAGACAGGCCAAGAAAGCAAGAGAGUGGCAGAAGCUGUGGAACGGAAAGCUCUUUAGCGCUAUGGAGAAUUGCCAUGUCGUAUUCAUCAAGUCUGUCGAGUUUCUGACUCCCGACUCGGAUGCAUCUGACCCCGCUGCAUUCCCUCAAAACACUCAGGACCCCUUCACCAAAUCCUCGAACUCUCUGUCCGCCAAGCCGCAUGCACCACCGACGCCAUCUCUUGUCGAACUUCCUACAUGCCCGGUGUGUCUCGAGCGCAUGGACGAGACCACCGGUCUCUUGACCAUUCUGUGUCAACAUGUGUUCCACUGCGCCUGUCUCGAAAAGUGGCGCGGGUCGGGAUGUCCUGUGUGCCGUUACACACAGUCACCCUCCUUCACCUUCCCUUAUCCCCGACCAGGCCAUCCUGAUAUCCAGACCGAAGUCGAACCUGCUUGUACCGUUUGCGCGACCACUACGAACCUAUGGAUAUGCCUGAUCUGCGGAAACACAGGUUGUGGACGCUAUGAUUCAGCACAUGCGUUUGCACACUGGGAAGCCACAAGUCAUUGCUAUGCUAUGGAUAUCAAUUCGCAGCAUGUCUGGGACUAUGCCGGCGACGGCUAUGUUCAUCGCUUGAUCCAGAAUAAGCCCGACAGCAAGUUAAUCGAUCUACCUGCUCGACGCCAUCCCAACGCCGCGUUCCGUGCCGAAGCAGAUGACAAUGUGCCACGAGAAAAGAUGGAGAACAUGGCUAACGAGUACACAUAUCUCUUGACUAGUCAGUUAGACAGCCAGCGCCGUUACUAUGAAGGUCAGCUUGAGCGCGCUGUUGACAAGGCAAGUAUCGCCUCGGCCAAAGCUGAAGAUGCUGCUAGAGCCUGUACUGCGCUCGCCGAAGAAAUGGCUGUUCUGCGCGUACAGAACCAAGAUCACGCCGGUAGUCUUAGUCGCAUGGAGAAGAGGUUUGAAAAAGCCACCUCCCGCGCCGAGAAGUUUGAGAAAAUGGCUCGCGACAUGUCUACUCAAUUGCGUGAAGAAAAGACCAUGAAUGAAGGCUUGCUCCAGCGCAUUCAUGCUGCCGAAGCAAAGGCCAAACAGAGCCAACAGGAUACUGAACAGAUGAAGUUGGAGAAGGCGGAGUUGGAGGAGAUGAACCACGACUUGACCAUGUUCAUCAGUAGCCAAGAAAAGGUCAAGGAGUUGCAAGCUCAGGGCGAGGAAGUCGUCAACGGGUCUGCCUUUGCACCGGAGCAACAACCGCAACAAGGUAAAAAAGAAGGCUAA